UUUAGAGCCGCGCGCCCGGCGGGAACAUAAGAUGGCGGAGUAGCAACGCGAAGCUUUUAGUACUGAGACUCGGGGCUGACUUUGGUUCAGGACUUGCAGCCGCAGUGAUCGCUGAGCAAAGAGUGCCUAGCGCAGUGGGCCAAGAUGCCGAACAUCAAAAUCUUCAGCGGGAGCUCCCACCAGGACCUGUCCCAGAAAAUUGCUGACCGCCUGGGCCUGGAGCUAGGCAAGGUGGUGACUAAGAAAUUCAGCAACCAGGAGACCUGUGUUGAAAUUGGUGAAAGUGUCCGUGGAGAGGAUGUCUACAUCGUUCAGAGUGGCUGUGGUGAAAUUAAUGACAAUCUAAUGGAGCUUUUGAUCAUGAUUAAUGCCUGUAAGAUUGCUUCAGCCAGCCGGGUUACUGCAGUCAUACCAUGCUUCCCUUAUGCCCGGCAGGAUAAGAAGGAUAAGAGCCGGGCUCCGAUCUCAGCCAAGCUUGUUGCAAAUAUGCUCUCCGUAGCAGGUGCAGAUCAUAUUAUUACCAUGGACCUUCAUGCUUCUCAAAUUCAGGGCUUUUUUGAUAUCCCUGUGGACAAUUUGUAUGCAGAACCAGCUGUCCUGAAGUGGAUAAGGGAGAAUAUAUCUGAGUGGAGGAACUGCACUAUUGUCUCACCCGAUGCGGGGGGAGCUAAGAGAGUUACCUCCAUUGCAGACCGGUUGAAUGUUGACUUUGCCUUGAUUCAUAAAGAACGGAAGAAGGCCAAUGAAGUGGACCGCAUGGUGCUGGUAGGAGACGUGAAGGACCGGGUGGCCAUUCUAGUGGAUGACAUGGCUGACACUUGUGGCACAAUCUGCCAUGCAGCUGACAAACUUCUUUCAGCUGGAGCCACCAGAGUUUAUGCUAUCUUGACUCACGGAAUCUUUUCUGGCCCUGCCAUUUCUCGCAUUAACAAUGCAUGCUUUGAAGCAGUAGUGGUCACCAAUACCAUACCUCAGGAGGAUAAGAUGAAGCAUUGCUCCAAAAUACAGGUGAUCGACAUCUCCAUGAUUCUUGCAGAAGCCAUCAGGAGAACUCACAAUGGGGAAUCUGUUUCCUACCUGUUCAGCCAUGUCCCUUUAUAAUAGAAUAACUUCCGAGGCUUUUAAAAAAUAAAGUGAACCCCUUCCCUUGUUUUCCCUUGGCAUUUGAUGAAAAAUUCAGCAGAAGCCCCAGCUUGCUCCAGUAGCUUUCUACAUCCCAUCCCAGGUAUAUUAACUUUUCUCCAAAAUUAGGGAAAGACAGAUUGAGACUACUCAGAUUUCCUACCUGCAUUGUCUCAUUCUGGCUUCUUUGAUUUUGUGGGCCUUGCAGCUUUAACUAUAACUCAGCUUCUGCAAGAUUUCAGACUGAAGGGUGUUGUGUGGGGGUGUUUGAAUGUGUUUGGGGAAGCUCAGACUGCUUUUCAUGUGAAUGCUUCUGGGAUUCCUAUGUUCAGAACUACUAGCAACAGAGCCAACCCCCCCCCCAAAAAAAAAUAAACAAAAUAAAAAGAACAAAGCCAAACUAACUCCCUACUCACCUUAACAUGUGACAAGUUCCCCAAGGUCUAUACUAAAUUACAACAAGAGCCCUAGGCAGCCCAGAAUCCAGCUCUGGUUGCUGAUUCCCUGUAAGGCAGGCAGCUCUCAGGUAGGAGCCUGAGGGAAGGCAGCACACAGUGCAGCAGAUGCUUCUUGGGAGGAAAAAGCCUGAUCCCUGAACCUCUGCUAGGAAACUGUCGCUUAGUCUCUUUUGUACCUGUUCCUUUUCCAUUUGGUUUGACCUUCAACCAUCUUGACCUUUUCCUGGUUAAAUAACUUCUUGGGCCCAAAUGAUCAGUGUACCAUAGUCUUCUGGAAAGCAAACCUCACUUUUUGCUGUGUAUUCUUUAACAUUUACAUGAGAUUAUUUUGCUGUAGCUUAAUCUUAGCCCACUAUCACUGUGGUAGAAGGUUCUAGGUGGUUUUGUACUGCCUUUUGAUUAAGUAUUUAAUUUUCAUCUUAUUUCCUUGGAUCUGUUUGGCCUCUCAAAUGACCUGAGGUUUCUGUUAAAAGAUUGAUGUUACUAACUCUUGUAGAGGAAACUAAUAAAGUAUCUGUGUGU